CCGCACGUGGAUAUCAUUUCCCCCCGUCUCUUCUUCCAGUUAAGUUCUCUCAACAGGUGCAGCCAACAUAUUCUCAAGCGAAUGCCAGAGAGCCUCGCGCAACCUCGCCUGAAAAUUCCAAAUCCAAUACUCUCGCACUCCUUCCCCCUUCCCUACCUCACGGACAAAAGUUUCGAUUUAUAGACUACACCUUUAGAUUCUGAUUCGUGUGCGAGCCGCCAGCACUGUUGUUAUUUUCUCGCCAUCCCAACCGUACUGAAGAUUCCCUCCUUUUCGAUCUUCACGCAGGCAUGGGGUCCCCGGAGAACGGCUCCGACGAGCCCCUGACACCAACAGGGCGCCUGUUCCUCCAGAAGGAGAUGAACCAGGUGAUCUACUGCGCCAUCGGCGUGAAGCAACCCCUCGACGUUGAGGCCCUCAAGUCGGCGAUCCAGAGGUCCCCCAUGUUUACGCACCCCAGGUUCUGCAGCCUCAUGGUGCGGGACUCCGCAGGCCGAGAGCAUUGGAGGAGGACCCAUGUGGACAUUGACCGCCAUGUCGUCCCAGUCCACGGCCCCAUCGCCGAAGGCCUCUCUGACGAGGUAGCUGUCAACGAGUACCUCGGCGACCUGUCCACUGACUCACCGGGGCUCCUAGGCGACGACAAGCCCCCGUGGGACGUCCACCUUCUGAUGGCCCACCGGUGCAUGGUGUUCCGGAUCCACCAUGCACUCGGCGAUGGGAUCUUGCUGAUGUCAAUGUUCCUGGCCUCGUGCCGGCAGGUGGACGACCCCGAGGCGCUGCCGACAAUCGGUCCUCCGUCAUCAGCUAAGAGGAGGACGGGUGGCAGCGGCGAGUGGUGGAAGGCAGUAGUGGGGGUGUUGGGGGUGAUGUGGUUCACAUUGGUCUUUGUGGUGGAGUUCGUGCUACAGAGCAUGUGGGUGAGUGAUCGGAGGACGCCGCUGAGCGGUGGCGCAGGGGUGGAACUCUGGCCGAGGAAGCUGGCCACGGCGAAGUUUUUGCUGGAGGACAUGAAAGUGGUCAAGUCGGCGGUCGCAAAUGCGACCAUUAACGAUGUUCUCUUCGGGAUCAUAUCGGCCGGCUUCUUCAAAUACUUGGACCACCGAUGUCCCAACGCUGUGCGCGAAGGGACUCGACUAACGGGAGUGGCAGCUGUUAACUUGCGAGAACAACAGGGAUUGCAGGAACUAACCAAUUUGAUGGAAGGCGACCCGGGACUGCGGUGGGGCAACAAGUUCGGGAUUCUCCUCCUCCCCGUUCGCUACCACAGAAGCUGCGGCGACCCUCUCGAACACGUGAGAAAAGCCAAGUCGAUGAUUGACCGGAAGAAGAAAUCCCUGGAGGCUCACUUCUCCUACAAAAUCGUGGAUAUGGCCACGACUUAUCUAGGAGCACGUGCUGCGACCCUGCUCAACUACAGGAUCUUCUGCAACACCACGUUCAGCGUCUCGAACGUGUUCGGCCCGCACGAGGAGAUCGCGUCCGUGGGCAACCCCAUCACGUACAUGAGGGUGAACACCUCUGGUUUUCCCCACGCACUCACGAUGCACAUGGUGAGCUAUGCGGGGAGGGCGGACAUGCAGAUUCUGGUGGCCAAGGACAUCAUCCCCGACCCUGAUUUCCUGGCCAAGUGCUUUGAGGAUGCUUUGCUCGAAAUGAAAGCCGCAGCUUCUACUGCCUUGAAGAUAUAAACAGUGAAACAUUCCUGCGAUGUUAGGAGGGAAAAUCGGUAUUGUACUCUUUAUGCAUGUGUGAAAAAUUGAUCCCACUUAUAUGAUGUUCUCUUGGGACAAAUAGAGCAUCUUAGGCCAUCGAUCAGAAUUUCGUCUUAUGUCUUACUUGAUCGAUGAAAUAAGUUAGGUAUUCCUCGAGUUCGGGAUCUACCCACUCGAUAUUGGGCUCCACACGAUUGAAUAAGGCAAUGAAGAGAACUGACUCGA